AUGGCUUCCAAUCUUCAGAGCCCCAAAAGCCCAAAGAGCCCAAGCAAGGGAGCAUCGCCGGCGGCCGAGCCUGCACAGCAGGCGCCAUUACUGAGCAAUGAGGAGCAAACUGCAGUCGGCAUUCUUCCUGCCUCACAUUGGCACCAGCCGGACACGGAAGAGGAUCCCAAUAAUGAUUCAGCUUCGAGCCUGGGAUCCUUCAUUUCCAGCACCGCCUCGCUGACCGAGUCCAUUUUCGAGUAUCGCAACAUCCAUGGGCGAACCUAUCAUAAGGAGAUGGGCAAUGUCGAAUCCUGGCAGCCUAACGAUGAGCGCCAUAAGCAGGCGUUAGAUAUUGCUCAUCACGCAUGGACGGUGAUCCUCGACGGAAAACUCUACAAUUCUCCUCUUGACAAGAAGAAGAUUCAGAAAGUCGUCGAUAUCGGAACGGGAACCGGCAUGUGGGCAAUCGACUUCGCUGAUGAAUUCCCCAAUGCCGAGGUUAUCGGUACCGAUAUUACCCCUAUUCAGCCAUCCUGGGUUCCGGCCAACGUAAAGUUUGAACUGGACGAUUGCAAUUCAGAGUGGACUUGGGCCGACAAUACCUUCGAUUUCGUCCACACGCGUAUGAUGUUCGGCGUCGUCCAGGACUGGGAGGGGCUAUUUCGCCAGGCUUAUCGCGUCUGCAAGCCCGGUGGCUGGACCGAAAGCAUUAAUUCAAAUAGCUCAUUUACGAGUGACGAUGGGUCAGUGAAGUACGAAAGCGCAAUGGCCCAGUGGGGGAGGGUAUGGAAUGCGGCUGGAAAGAAGAUGGGCAGGCCGUUCGAAGUCUACGAUCUUGAUCUCCAGCGUAAGGGCAUGGAAGCGGCGGGCUUCGUGGAUAUUCAAGUCAAGGAGUAUUUCCUUCCUGUCAAUACCUGGCCUGGGGACAAGCACCUGGCCGAAGUAGGACUCUGGUGGAAGGUCGCGAUUGAGAGUGAUCUCGAUGGCUACCUGAACUACACGUUCAACGCGGUUAUGGGGUGGCGUCCUGAGGAGACUGCACUUUAUGCGGCCCAGCUCAGAAAGGAGUUUAACAGCUCCAAGAUCCACGGCUACACCAAGGCGCGUUCUGUAUGGGGUCGGAAGCCCGAGUAA